GCCCUCCCGCGCCGGGGUCGCCGCAGUCCCCGCUGCCCCCGGCUCCCUCCUCGGGCGCCCCGGCCUCACUCCCGCCUCGGAGCGCUUCGGGGGGGCCGCGGGGGGCCGAGGUGGGGGCCCCGGGCACCUCAGCCCUCCGGACCCGCAGGCGGCCCCGACUCCGGAGCCGGAGCGCAGGGGAAGGCGAGGACCGACCGGGCGGCCGGCGGAGGGGCGGGCGCCGCUCAUCAGCCACGCCAGGCACGUCUGGGCCGCCCGGCCGCCUUUUCCUCCUCUCCCCCUCUGCUUCCCCCCUCUCCCCUCGGCGAGGGCAGAGUGGCCGCGGCGGCGCCAUGCCCGGGCCGGAGUGAGUGGCGCGGGCGAAGAUGGCGUACAUCCAGGGCAGUUGGAACCUUUGAACGAGGGUUUUCUUUCUAGAAUCUCUGAUCUGCUGCUGUGCAGAUGGACCUGCCGGCACUGCUGUCAGAAGUGUUACGAGUCCAGCUGUUGCCAGUCGAGUGAGGAUGAAGUUGAAAUUCUGGGACCUUUUCCUGCCCAGACUCCUCCCUGGCUGAUGGCCAGCAGGAGCAGCGACAAGGACGGGGGCUCCGUCCACACAGCCAGUGACGUCCCGCUGGCCCCGCGCACCAACUCCCCAGAUCGAAGAUGCUCGUCCUCAGACACGUCCAAGUCUACAUACAGCCUGACCCGGAGGAUUUCAAGUCUGGAGUCCAGGCGGCCCAGCUCCCCGCUCAUCGACAUUAAACCCAUCGAGUUUGGCGUCUUCAGCGCCAAGAAGGAGCCCGUCCAGCCCUCGGUGCUCCGGCGGACCUACACCCCCGACGACUACUUCAGGAAGUUCGAGCCGCACCUAUACUCCCUCGACUCCAACAGCGACGACGUGGACUUCCUGACGGACGAGGAGAUCCUGUCCAAGUACCAGCUGGGCAUGCUGCACUUCAGCACCCAGUACGACCUGCUGCACAACCACCUGACGGUGCGCGUCAUCGAGGCGCGGGACCUGCCGCCACCCAUGGCCCAGGACGGCGCGCGCCAGGACAUGGCCCACUCCAACCCCUACGUCAAGGUCUGCCUGCUGCCCGACCAGAAGAACUCCAAGCAGACCGGGGUCAAGCGCAAGACCCAGAGGCCCGUGUUCGAGGAGCGCUACACCUUUGAGAUCCCCUUCCUGGAGGCGCAGAGGAGGACGCUGCUGCUCACCGUGCUGGACUUCGACAAGUUCUCCCGCCACUGCGUCAUCGGGAAGGUGUCCGUGCCCCUGUGCGAGGUGGACCUGGUCAAAGGCGGGCACUGGUGGAAGGCGCUGAUCCCCAGCUCCCAGAAUGAAGUGGAGCUGGGGGAGCUGCUUCUGUCGCUGAAUUAUCUCCCAAGUGCGGGGAGGCUAAAUGUUGACGUCAUUCGAGCCAAGCAACUUCUUCAGACAGAUGUGAGCCAAGGUUCAGACCCCUUUGUGAAAAUCCAGCUGGUACAUGGACUCAAACUUGUGAAAACAAAGAAGACAUCCUUCUUACGAGGCACAAUUGAUCCUUUCUAUAACGAGUCCUUCAGCUUCAAAGUUCCCCAAGAAGAACUGGAAAACGCCAGCCUAGUGUUUACAGUGUUCGGGCACAACAUGAAGAGCAGCAACGACUUCAUCGGGAGGAUUGUCAUCGGCCAGUACUCGUCCGGCCCCUCGGAAUCCAACCACUGGCGGCGGAUGCUCAACACGCACCGCACGGCCGUGGAGCAGUGGCACAGCCUGCGGUCCCGGGCCGAGUGUGACCGCGUGUCCCCGGCCUCGCUGGAGGUGACCUGAGGCCGCAGGGAAGGCACUGGUCAAAUGUAAAAAGGAAAAAAAAAAAAAAAAGAAAAAGAAAAUUUAAGACAAAAAAAUGUGUCAUCAUGUCAUCUACCUAUUCACACACACACACACACACACACACACACACACCAAACCCUCUCGGACCUGAGAGGAUGCUGACUAUUGAUCACGAAAUGGCCAUCCUCGGUGAGCGAGGCCCGAGAACUUUCCGGAAGCCCCAUCCGUGUGCAGUGAGUAAGUGUGCGCUGCUAUGAGGCAAACUGGCAGUGCUUGCUCUUGCUGACCCCGCCCCCCCCCGAAAAAUGCACUUUCAACCAUCAAGCCGGAGCAAGGGGGAGCAGCCCCAAGAGGAACUCUAAGGAGAAUGGGCCAGUGUGGGCGAGGCCAGACCCCCACGCCCAAAACACCCACACCCACCGCUGCCUGGAGCGGCUGCCGUGCCCCGGUGCUCCCAGCCCGGCACCUUCCCCCCAGAGCGGAAGCCCUUUGUCUUUCUAUUUCGGGGGCGUGGUGGAGAGAUUAGACCCUUUGGAGACCCAGUCAGCAGCAAACAGCAAACAGACUGCAGCGAGAGGAGCCUCUCCCACUUCACUGAACGGCUCCUGUGUUCGCUGACCCCGCCCGGGCACUCCCUGUGGGUGUGCCCCCGCCAGUGACCCUGUGUGCCCUUGUGUCCUCUCGGCGAGAAAUGGAGUGGCCGGGACCUCCGCCCUGAGCCUUCCCACUCUGCCUCUCCCCUCAGUGCAAUUUCACCUCGUGUCCUGUCGGUCAAGACCCCGCCUUCACUAAUAGUAGCGUGUACGUUUGUCAGGAAAAUAGAACACGGUAGAGCAAAAGCAGCAUUUUUUUUUUUUCCGACCAAAUCCUGGUGGCGUAGACCCCAGAGGACAGCGACCUGGGUUAGAACGGCCCCGGCCCCGUACCCUCAUCCAGGAUCGCUCCUUCCUGUCCUAGCUGAGGAUCUCCCGUAUCUGUGUGAACCAAAGUUCUUUCUCUCGUGCUGAGGAGCUAGCGUAGUUAGAGUAGGAAUCUCUGUUGGAUGCUUCUGUAUCUUUUCCCACAGCAUAUCGUCCGGGAUGCUGGGGAGCCGUUUGUUGAAAUUAAAGAUUAUUUAUUUGUGCCAUG